UCUCUAAUAACUCGAAUACGCUGGCGCGCGCACACUCUCUCUGUUAGAUCGAGAACGAGAACGAACCUCGUCGAUAUCGCACUCGUCUCCUCUCCUCUCCUCCGUCCAAAACCCUAGGGAUCGGACGAGGCGGAGGUCGCCGCGAUCUCCAUAGAUGUCGUUUGCGCUCUCCGGGAUCCGCUUCCCCGCCGCCGUGCGAGGCACGGGGCUCGCAGCUCGAUCCGGGGCCAAUGGCGAUCGGAGGAGCGGGGUCGAUCUCUCGCUGAUGCUGCUGAGGAAGGAGACUUUUAAACCGCGGAGCAUUUUUGGUGGAAGUUCUAUUGAUUGCCUUUCUUCAUCUGUGACUGUUGCUGCAUCUGGAAAGGUGCUGAUUCCAGGCGGCCAAAGUGACGGCUUAUCAUCUUCUGCAGAUUCAGUUGCAGAUGAACAAGCAUCUGAUGAUUUGCAGGUAUUACAGGAGGAACCUGUUGACACUGUGGAAGUCAUGUAUGAGGGAAGCAUGAAGGAAGGAGGCAAAGAGAGUGUUACUUCUCAAGCCAAGAACAGUGUUGAGGUAGUAGAGGAGAAGCCAAGAUCUAUUCCACCACCCGGUAACGGACAAAGAAUCUAUGAUAUCGAUCCAUUAUUGCGAGGUCACCAUGCACAUCUCGAUUAUCGAUACAGUCAAUACAGGAAAAUGCGUGCGCUCAUUGAUCAAAAUGAAGGUGGCUUGGAACUUUUUUCUCGUGGUUAUGAAAAUUUUGGUUUUCACCGCAGUGCGGAUGGUAUUGUGUAUCGAGAAUGGGCUCCUGGAGCAAAGGCUGCAGCAUUAAUAGGAGAUUUUAACAACUGGAAUCCAAAUGCAGACGUUAUGACCCGAAAUGAGUUUGGUGUGUGGGAGAUUUUUCUGCCUAACAAUGCUGAUGGCUCGCCACCUAUUCCUCAUGGCUCACGUGUAAAGAUACACAUGGAUACUCCAUCUGGUGUCAAAGAUUCAAUUCCUGCAUGGAUAAAGUUUUCUGUACAGGCUCCAGGUGAAAUACCGUAUAAUGGGAUUUAUUAUGAUCCUCCUGAGGAGGAAAAGUAUGUAUUUCAACACCCUCAACCCAAGGCUCCAAAGUCAUUGCGAAUUUAUGAAUCUCACGUUGGAAUGAGUAGUCCGGAGCCCAAGAUCAACACAUAUGCUAGCUUUAGGGAUGAUGUACUACCUCGAAUUAAAAAGCUUGGAUACAAUGCUGUACAGAUAAUGGCAAUUCAAGAGCAUUCAUACUAUGCGAGCUUUGGGUAUCAUGUUACUAAUUUUUUUGCACCAAGUAGUCGAUUUGGAACUCCAGAUGAUCUCAAGUCCUUGAUCGACAAAGCUCAUGAGCUGGGUCUACUUGUUCUCAUGGAUAUUGUCCACAGUCAUGCAUCAAACAAUGUCCUAGAUGGCCUAAAUCAGUUUGAUGGAACAGAUACACAUUACUUCCAUGCGGGUUCACGCGGUUAUCAUUGGAUGUGGGAUUCUCGCCUUUUUAACUACGGUAGUUGGGAGGUAGUAAGAUUUUUACUUUCAAAUGCAAGAUGGUGGCUUGAGGAGUACAAGUUUGAUGGCUUCCGUUUCGAUGGUGUGACAUCAAUGAUGUAUACUCACCAUGGCUUACAAGUGUCGUUCACUGGGAACUACAAUGAAUACUUUGGUUUUGCCACCGAUGUAGAUGCAGUUGUCUAUUUGAUGCUGGUGAAUGAUCUUAUUCAUGGACUUUUUCCUGAGGCUGUGAUUAUUGGUGAAGAUGUUAGUGGAAUGCCAACAUUUUGCCUUCCUGUUCAAGAUGGUGGUGUAGGUUUUGACUACCGCCUUCACAUGGCUGUACCUGACAAGUGGAUUGAACUUCUUCAAUUGAAGGACGAAGAUUGGAAGAUGGGCGACAUUGUCCACACACUUAUAAACAGGCGGUGGUCAGAGAAAUGUGUUGCUUAUGCUGAAAGUCAUGAUCAAGCUCUAGUUGGCGAUAAGACAAUUGCAUUCUGGCUUAUGGACAAGGACAUGUAUGAUUUCAUGGCUCUGGAUAGACCGUCAACUCCACGUAUUGAUCGUGGAAUUGCUUUACAUAAAAUGAUUAGACUAAUAACUAUGGGUUUGGGUGGAGAAGGAUAUCUGAAUUUUAUGGGAAAUGAGUUUGGGCAUCCAGAAUGGAUAGACUUUCCUAGAGGCGUACAGCAUCUUCCCAGUGGCAAAGUGAUACCGGGGAACAAUUAUAGUUUUGAUAAAUGCCGUCGUCGAUUUGAUCUUGGUGAUGCAGAUUAUCUUAGAUAUCGUGGAAUGCAAGAAUUUGAUCGGGCAAUGCAACAUCUUGAGGAAAAAUAUGGAUUCAUGACUUCGGAGCACCAGUAUAUAUCGCGGAAAGAUGAAGGCGAUAGGAUCAUUAUCUUUGAGCGGGGAGAUUUGGUCUUUGUUUUCAAUUUCCAUUGGAGCAAUAGUUAUUUUGACUACCGAGUUGGUUGCUUAAAGCCUGGAAAAUAUAAGGUGGUUCUCGACUCUGAUGAUAAGUUAUUUGGUGGAUUCGGUCGCAUUGAUCACAAUGCUGAUUACUUCAGCAGUGAAGGAACAUAUGACAACAGGCCUCGGUCAUUCUCGGUGUACGCUCCCAGUAGAACUGCUGUAGUGUAUGCUCUUUCAGAGGAUUGAAUUAAGAACACAAGGUAAUCAUAUGGUUUAUCUCAAAGUGCCUGUGGGUUCGACAGAGUUCACACCUUGGGUGAUCCAUUUGAGGUAUUUCUACAAUGUAAGGUACAGCACCAUCGAGUACUCGGCUCUUUCCGGCGAGACAUAAUCCGUGUACAGAUUAAAAUCUUUAAGCUCUAAUCGAAGGUACUGUAAUAAAAAUUAGCUCGUUCAGCAGCUGAUAGAUAUUUCCAAUGCUUUUCAGUUAUGAAGUUUUUCCCCCCUGUUCAUAUUUUUUGUUUUAGUUGUAGUAUUUUUUAUAUAACCUAUGCUGAACCAUUAUUAAA